AUGGCCGAUCACAAGUCCCUCAACGUCCUUAUCAAUGGAGCCGGCGUGGCGGGAACCUGCCUGGCAGCUCUACUCGUUCGGCAGGGCCAUGCGGUCACUGUGGUCGAGCGCUGGCCCGAGCUACGCACGACGGGACUACAGAUCGACCUGCGCAGUCACGGGAUUGAGAUCAUCCGCAAGAUGGGACUCGACGACAAGUUCCGCGCCCGUGCCGCGAAAGAGGAUGGGUUUGAGUUUGUGAAUGCCAAGGGCAAGCGAUGGGCGUUCUUCCCGGCAAACAGAGCGGCGGAGGCGGCGGGAGGCGGCAGGAGCGGCGCGGACGGAAAGAGCAGCAACAAGAAGAAGCAGCUGCAGAGUUUCACCUCGGACUACGAGAUCAUGCGAGGGGAUCUAUGCCGGCUUCUGCAUGACGCGGCGGAGGAGGCCGCGAGCAAAAGCGCCGCUGGGAGUGUGCAGUGGCGCUUCGGAAGCGAAGUGGUUGGUCUUUCGGAGAUGGUUGGAGACGACGGGAGGAAGGCUGUGAUCGCCACAAUCAAGCACAACCCGGGGGGGAGCAGCGACAAGACCAAGACGACGCAGGAGACCUUUGACCUCGUUGUCGGCGCCGACGGGGUUGGUUCCAAGGUGCGCAGGCUGAUGACAGAAAAUGAAAGGGCGUCAUCCCGUUCCUUGAGCAUCAAUGAGGACCCAGCAUUCCUGCCCUACAGCGGCGACUAUAGUGGCUACUUCACCAUGAAACGCACCGUCCCCAAAAACGACUCGGUGGCAGUCGCCCACUUUUGGCCCGGUAGCUCGAUAAUGAUUCGUGGAGACAAGGACGGUGAUCGAGACAUGGUGUACCUAGGCUGCACAUCCCGCUCUGGCGAUAGCCCGCUCCUGAAGGCACACACGGAGCGCGACGUCGCGGGCCAAAAGGCGGCGCUCGCCGAGAUCUUCAAGGACUCUUCCUUUCACCGGCUUGGCGAAGUCCUGCAGGGCUUGAGAGAUUCGGACGACUUUUACUUGGAGCGCCUGGGUGUCGUCCGGUGUGAGCGGUGGACCUCGAUCUCGUCGCAGGGCUCUCGCGGAAGGGUUGCCCUCAUCGGCGAUGCCGGGUACUGCCCCUCGGCCAAGACGGGCAUGGGCACAACGUCCGCCGUGAUGGGUGCCUGGAUCCUCGCGGGUGAGAUUGGUCAGGCUGCGCGAGGCAGUAGUGGCAAGGCUCCUGCGACUACCGGUGCCGAGGAGAAUGCCAAGCUCGACGCCGCCCUCGAGGCGUACGAGCGCAAAUUCCGCCCCGCCAUGAAUCAGGUGCAGCGCGGUCUUCCCGAGACGCCAACCUGGUACGACGGGUUGCUCGAGACGCGGGUGGGCAUCGCCUUCAUGUACUGGUUCCUCGCAGCGGCGGCCUUCUUUGGGAUCGACGUGUUAAGCAUGGUUGUCAUUCAGGAGGAGAUCAAGGAUUGGGAGCUGCCGAGUUAUUCUUUAUAA